AUGGCUCCCGCCAAAGCCUCCAAGAACAAGUACUCGGUGAUUCUGCCCACGUACAAUGAACGUCGAAACCUGCCCAUCAUGGCGUGGUUGCUGAACCGCACCUUUACCGAGAGCAAACUCGAUUGGGAACUCAUCAUUGUCGACGACGGUUCGCCCGAUGGCACCCAAGAAGUCGCCAACCAGCUGGUCAAGGCCUACGCUCCUCACGUCAUCCUCAAGACUCGCUCCGGCAAGCUCGGUCUCGGAACCGCCUACGUCCACGGCCUGCAGUUCGUCACCGGCAACUUUGUCAUCAUCAUGGAUGCCGACUUCUCCCACCACCCCAAGUUCAUCCCGCAGAUGGUUGCGCUCCAGGAGUCGGGCAACUACGACAUUGUCACGGGCACGCGGUAUGCCGGCAACGGCGGCGUCUACGGCUGGGACCUGAAGCGCAAGUUUGUCAGCCGUGGCGCCAACCUGUUUGCGGACACGGUGCUGCGUCCCGGCGUGAGCGAUCUGACGGGUAGUUUCCGGCUGUACAAGAAGAGCGUGUUGGAGAAGGUGAUUGGCAGCACGGAGAGCAAGGGCUACAGCUUUCAGAUGGAAAUGAUGGUUCGCGCCAAGGCCAUGGGGUGCACGGUCGCCGAGGUGCCCAUUUCGUUUGUGGACAGGCUGUACGGCGAGAGCAAGCUCGGCGGUUCAGAAAUUGUCGAGUACGCCAAGGGCGUGUUUUCAUUGUGGUUGAAGGUAUAG